AUGAAAGUGACUGGGGAGAAGCGCGUGAAGAAGCCAAGAAAAGUGCCGAGGGUCAAGCCUGCGCCGGCAGCAGCACCCCCUCCCGCCGCCGCCAGCACGUACAAGCCCGGCGCGUUGUCUUCUCUAUUCGGAUUCAAUGCUGAGGCUUUACCAGAGGUCGAAUCACAGCCCUGGUGCGAGGCGCUCGACACGUUGCCCGAGAAGAUCGAACCAAAAGUGGAGGUCGUCGAAGAUGGGGAGCCCAAAGAAAAAUCAAUUAGCCGAUCACUUCAAAGAGAAAACCGGAAAAAGAAGAAGGACAUGACGGCCGACAACCAGCGCACCAUCUUUGUCGGAAACGUCGCAAAAGAAGUCCACGAGAAGGAGAUCAGAAAGGUGUUUGCAGAAUUCGGAGAAAUCGAGUCGAUUCGGGCACGUGGUAUCAUCCCAGAGAAGGGCAAUUUGACGAAAAAGGCGGCGAAACUCGGCAACAAAAUCUCUAAAGAACAGACGACGCUCUACUUUUUCGUCAAGUACAAGCAAGAAGAAUCGGUUGCGAAGGCGCUAACUUUAAACGGACAAGAGCGCUGGGGACACAGACUGCGCGUCGACUGCUCCGCUUCAAAGGGCAAGAUGGACAACAGCACCACAAUUUUCCUGGGCAAUCUACCCUACGAUUCAUCUGAAGACAGUCUGAGCCUCUGGCUCGAAAAGUUGGUCGGCCCCGUGGAAGGCGUACGAAUUGUGCGCGACCCGGCGACAGGCAAAGAAAAAGGAUUUGCUUUUGCGUCUUUCAAGGAAUCUGCUUCGGUCGCGUUGGCGCUGUCGAUGCCCAAGCUCGUUUACAAGAAGAGAGAACUGCGGGUUAGCAGGGUGCUGAAGAAGAACAAAUUGAGAAAACUGCCGGGCCAGAAAUCGGGACCGCCGAGUGAACGCCGUCUGAUGAUGAACAAGAAGAAGGCUUUCCUGAAGAAGAAUUCUAAAUCUUUAAUGAGC